AAGCCUCAUACCUGAGAAAGGGACUUUGAAGUCCCACAGUGGCGCAAAAUCAUAAUCCACAUUAUUCUUUGUCUAGUCACGCACCCGUUCCUCCCCGUAUUUGUCAUGAUCGCGCCUAACAGGACACUCUUUUAGAGCUGAUUUCUUGUCAGCAUGGGUGUGGCGUUGUUGGUUUCACUUGGGUCUUAGCCUUCUUCUAUUGGCUCGUCCAUUCCUGGAAGCUGCGACUUGGGCUACGAUUAUCCACCAAUCACGUAUCAAUGAUGGUACCAGGCUGAGAGAUUUGGAGCCGCCUUCGCGGGAUCCAAUAAGCGCUUGGCCGGCCCUUCAACUACUGUGGUCCAGGUUCAUGUACCCAGGCACUGCGAGAAGGAUGCGUCAAACAUACGACAAGCGCCCUUGGUCCCUGGUCAUUGUUUUUUUCCUACUCAAUGUCAUUCUCGCAGCGUCGCCGUCAUUUAUUUCCGGUCGUAUUGUCAAUAUAUUAACAUCGGUAUCGCAUCAGCGUGUCGAAUAUCAGGAGAUCACAGUCGAAGGCGACUUAUCAGAGAACGAUGCUUCAAACACUACAGCUCUUGUGACGGUUUUUAAUCAAGCCUCCCAGCUUCUACCGAACGGCAGUGGACUCAGGACACUCACACAAAAUAUGACGACACCCACACGGAGCACUUACUCCACUAGUGCAGCCACUGACCCCUCUAGUACCAACGCUAUUGACCUUGGAUCUUUGUUAAGAUAUCCGCGCUGGAGCAUCAGGAUUCACUGUGAGAAGAUCCCUGAUGGGUCAAAGAACAUGUCUUCCAAUGGGUUCACGUAUCUAUUCACACCUCGAGAAACAAUGGAGGGCUUAUUUUCUUCUUUCAAUCUGAUAUUCUUCUCCGAUCUAGAGGAGAGCGUGGCAGACGUCCUCCAGCUCAACGAUACUCUGCCCUCUACUGUGGACGUUAAUGGGACCGCACUUGCAGCAACAAUAGUGUUGCUCAACGAACCUUGAUCAUAUGAUUGACAGAGUUGUCGUGUAAGACGCC